AUGAUCAAGGAAUUGCCUGACACAGCCCUUGAAUGUUUGUUGGUGCUAUUUAACUGUAUAUGGCUCUCGGAUUCGCUGCCUGAGGAUUGGCUCCAUUACCAAGUGGUUUUCAUCGACAAGCCUGAAAAAGAGAAGGUUCGUCCGAUAUCCCUAUCGUCUUGUGUCGGCAAGCUGUGUGAACGCAUGAUAAACGAGCGUCUCAUAUGGUGGGCGGAAAGUGCACACAAAUUUAAUCCAUCUCAGAACGGUUUCCGCAGGGGAAAGUCGUGCGCUGACAAUCUAGUUAAGAUUGUGUCGGAUAUCCGUGCUUCUAUAUCCUCGGGUGAGUACACACUGGCUGCGUUUCUCGACGUGUCGGGUGCUUACGAUAACGUCGAGUUCUGCACUAUGAUUGAGACUCUUAUUGCGCUUGAAUGUCCCGCGGGCAUGGGCGCCGUACUCAGUCCUGCUCUGUACUCACUUUACACGGGGAGAGUAUGCACUGACUUACCGGAGGGUGUACAAUCAUGUGAGUUUGCUGACGACAUUGGACUUGGACUUUACGUGUGCGGUCCCAACAGACAACGUAAUCGGGAUCUACUCCAACUGGCGGUGAACUUGGUUGCUGAAAGACUAUGCCGUAUCGGACUUGACUUAGAACCGCAGAAAACCGUCAUUGUGGAAUUUAAUAAAUAUGGCCUGUACAAUGAGAACCAGAGUAUGGUGAUUCAGGGAUGCGAGGUGUUCUACAGUCGGGAAUCGAAGUUUCUGGGUAUCUGGAUAGAUAACGGAUUGAAAUUUUCCCAUCAGAUCCAGGAAGUUUGGAGUAAGGUCGACAGAGCGAAUGCGGUCAUUCAAUAUUUAUGUAGAAUCUCUAAAGGCCUAGAAGUUAAUACGGCUUUGAUGUUGUACAAGAGCUUGGUUUGUUCGAUUACAGAUUAUGGCAGUUUCGUUUAUCACCCCAGGGAUGCCAACUCAGUUCUCAAGCUAGAAAGGACGCAAUAUAAAGGCAUUAGGACGGCCUUGGGAUACCGUAAUAGCACUCCGAAUAAUGUUAUCGUGGCGGAGGCAAAGGUCAGACUGUUGACAGAUCGUGCGGAGAUGCUCGCCAGGAAUUAUUUAUAUAAAGCUAUGGCUCACAAUUUGGACGGUGUAUGCGACAGAAUCCAGAGGGCUUACGACUCUGAAUUGCGGGUGCGCUACCGUCAACCAACAUACUUAAUGUCCCUUAUGUCUAGAGUGUGGAGGAGAUGCGCUCCUGUCAGAACACUUAUUGGUCCACAGAGAAUUCACGAAACGUUUUGGGAAGAAUUCGAGGCGCAUGAUUAUGUUCCUGUGGUCGAUUUUACUAUUGGACUUUUGAGGAAGGGUAACAGUGAAUAUUCAGAUGCUUCUAUGAUAGAAGACAUUAUUGAGAAAUACCAGCUGAGCAAUGAGGCGGAGAUUGUAUUUACGGACGGAUCGCAUGGCCCCGACUGGCAAGCUACGGGUGAUAGUAUCGUUAUAGACGGGCAGGAUACCGCCUAUAAAAUCAGUAUGUCUAAGGUCUGCUCGUCAUAUACUGCGGAGAUUUUCGCUAUUAAUGCGGCGCUGAAACUCGUGAAGACAUCACGAGAGACAAGAAAUAACCACAUUGUUAUUAUGUCAGACUGUAAAUCGGCUCUUUCUGCAGUUCAAAACAAUCUUAUUUCAGUUCACAAAAGCAAAUACGCGGUGGAGACUAGAUUGCUCAUUUACUCACUCGAAAGAGAGCGCAAUAUGAAGAUUGUACUUGUGUGGAUUCCCGCCCACGUCGGUAUCGCUGGGAAUGAGCUGGCCGAUGGUCUAGCUAAGGAAGCGGCGCAGGAACCCCCAGAUGAGAGCAUCGAGGUCCCGACGGGGGAUCUUAUGGCAAUGGCAAGGGAGGAAACUUGGCAGGCUACUCAGGCUUCUAUCAAACGAGAUUCCGUCUUCAAGGGCAAACUUUAUUUUUCAAAGUUCUAUGAUGAAGAGGCCCGCAAGCCGUGGUUCAGUGGAAUUAAUGCCGAAAGAUACUACGUAACGCUUAUUAAUAGGAUUAGAGCGGAUCAUUAUAAUCUGGGAUCUUCGCUCUUCAGGAAGAACUAUAUUGAUACGCCACGAUGUGAAUGCGGAUAUGAACGUGAGGACUUGAUGCAUGUUAUUCUACGGUGUCACAAGUACGAUGAUCUUAGGAUCAAGUUGGAUGAGGAUCUUAGAGCCGUGGGUUACCUUGCGGAAAUUAAUGUCUAUAAAUCUAAUGGUCUGAAGCUUAAUCCGGCUAAAUCGAAGGCAAUGAUCUAUGGUAGUAAUGCUUAUGUGAGGAAUAUCGACCUUAGCCUUCUACCUCCCAUUAUAGUAAACCAGGUUCCCAUUCCAUUUGUUAGCGAAGUGAGGAACUUAGGGGUGGUUUUUACGCCUACUCUGUCCUGGAAAAAGCACAUUUCACACGUAUCGCAGAAAGUGCACUAUGCGUUAUACAGAUUGAAAUUUAACAGAAACUCUCUUUCCACCGAAUUAAGAAUUAAGUUAGUAACGACGUUGAUUACACUUCACGUGGACUACUGCUGCCUCGUCUACGACGGUUUGAGCCAUGAGUUAAAUAUGAAGUUGCAGAGACUU